ACAAACGGGCUAUUGUGCUCUUACUCUCCUCUGAGUCUCCGAACCAUCUGAAUCUCAUCUCCAGAGAGUUGCAAUACUGGAUCUCACAGUAACGGGGGUUGUUAUUUUGAGUCCGUCGCGAAACAAUGUUUCGGCUGAAGUUUGUGAGGAUUCUGUGGCUCCUGUACGUCACUGAUGUGUGUUGGGGAUUUGUGCACGACAGGCUUAAACACUCAGGGGAAGACCCCGCGGGCACGGGAAGAGCACACCUGCAUUCUACAUCGCGGUAUGUGCCGACAUCUAGUUCCUGCAGAAACAGGUGUUUUGAGCUGGUUGAGAUGGAACCACCAAACUGUCGCUGUGACAAUCUAUGUAAGACCUACAAUAGCUGUUGCUCGGACUUUGACCGUCUCUGCCUCAGGACAGAUGGUGGCUAUGGGUGCAGUAAAGAUCGCUGUGGGGAGAUUCGGAAUGAAAACCAUUCUUGUCACUGCUCAAAUGACUGUCUAGCCCGAGGAGACUGCUGCACCAACUACAGGACACGCUGUAAAGGAGAUAGUUCAUGGCUCCAGGAUGAAUGCGACGAUAUGAAGACCGUUGAAUGCCCUGCAGGAUUUGUGCGCUCACCACUCAUAAUUCUUUCAGUGGAUGGUUUCCGAGCUUCUUACAUGAAGAGAGGGAAUACUGUCAUACCUAACAUUGAGAAGCUGAGAACAUGUGGAACCCAUGCACCAUUUAUGCGACCUAUGUACCCUACCAAAACCUUCCCCAACCUCUACUCACUGGCUACGGGUCUCUAUCCAGAGUCUCAUGGUAUCAUUGGUAACUCCAUGUAUGACCCUGUCUUUGAUGCCACGUUCACCCUGAGAAGCAGAGAGAAACUUAAUCACCGCUGGUGGGGAGGACAACCAAUCUGGAGCACAGCUCUCAAACAAGGAGUGAAGGCAUCCUCCUUCUUCUGGCCUGUCACUAUCCCACUGGAACAGCGGAUACUGACCAUAUUGCAGUGGCUCCACCUUCCUGAGGUAGAGAGACCCUAUGUUUAUGCUGUGCACUUAGAGCAGCUGGACAUAUAUGGACAUAAAAUGGGACCCAUGAGCCUCGAAUUGAAUAAUCCUCUUAGAUUGACUGAUAGGAUCGUAGGUCAACUCAUGAAUGGACUUAAGCAGAUGAAAUUGCACCGAUGUGUCAACAUCAUCAUAGUUGGGGAUCACGGUAUGGAAGAGGCCCAUUGUGAUCAAACGGAGUUCCUCAGUAAUUAUUUGACAAAUCCUGAUGAUUUCAUUCUUAUCCCUGGAUCCUUAGGCAGAAUCCGCCCUAGAUUCCUGGACAACCCAAAAUAUGACCCCAGGGCGAUUGUUGCAAAUCUAAUUUGUAAGAAACCAGACCAGCAUUUUAGGCCUUAUUUAAAGCAAAAUCUGCCAAAGAGACUGCACUACGCCAAUAACCGACGGAUUGAGGAUGUACAUCUACUGGUGGACAGGAAGUGGCACAUUGCCAGGAAAGCACCUGAAGUUAAGAGACUUUGUGGCUUCUUUGGUGACCAUGGAUAUGACAAUAAAAUCAACAGUAUGCAGACAAUCUUCUUGGGAUAUGGGCCUUCCUUUAAAUUCAAGACUAAAGUUCCAGUCUUUGAAAACAUUGAGCUUUAUAAUGUUAUGUGUGAUCUUCUAGGUCUAACACCAGCACCCAAUAAUGGAACACAUGGUAGUCUGAACCACCUACUGAGAAACCCUUUCUACAAACCCCCUAUGCCAGAGGAAGUUUCAAAACCAACCACUUCAGCUCUUGUUCAUAUUGGAACAGAUGACCUUGGCUGCAGCUGCAAUUACAAGUCUCGAGUAAAAAGGCGUGACCAAAGAGGGGUGAAAGUGACCAUUGCACGAGGCUAUAAUCUGGAGUCACUGUGGCUCUGUUUCUUACAGAACCAAGUAGACGAGCUAAAUCAGCGACUGAGGCAAGCUACUGAUGACAGUAGGAAUAUGCCAUACGGUCGACCUGCAGUACAGUACAAUACAAAGUAUUCCAUUCUGCACCAGACUGACUAUAUCUGUGGGUACAACGAGGAUCUUGCAAUGCCUCUCUGGACAUCAUACAGCGUUAGCUCACAGGUUGAAGUGUCUGCUUUGCCUGAAGUGCUGACCAACUGUGUUCGGCCAGAUGCCAGAGUCCGAUCAGCCUUCACCCAGUCCUGUACAAACUACAAGGCAGAAAAACAUAUCACGUAUGCCUUCCUAUACCCACCGCAAUUAUCUACAAGCAUCGACAAAAAAUAUGAAGCUGUGUUCAUAACCAACACUGUUCCUAUGUAUCCUGCAUUCAAGAAAAUAUGGGCUUAUUUUCAGCAAGUCCUUUUGAAGAAAUAUUCGACUGAAAGAAAUGGGAUGAAUGUUCUCACCGGACCAAUAUUUGAUAAAGACUUUGAUGGCGUAAAGGACUCGACUGACAAGAUUAAAGAGUAUGCGCAUGGUACAAUACCCAUCCCAACUCACUUUUUUGUGGUUCUAACCAGCUGCUUAGACUUCAGAGAGCCUGCAGAUUCUUGUGGUGGCCCCCUCAGCUCUGCCGCAUUCAUCUUGCCACACCAACCUAACAAUGAUGAGACUUGCAAUAGCUCAGAUGAGGAGUUUAACUGGGUGGAGGACCUGAUGAAGAUCCACACAGCCCGCGUCAGAGAUGUUGAAAUCCUGACAGGUCUGGACUUGUAUCGUAGAACCACGCGCAGUUAUCCUGAAAUCCUCUCACUGAAAACGUAUAUGCAAACCUAUGAGAGUGAGAUCUAAAUUUUACAUUAUACUUUGCUGGAUUUGAACAUUUUGAUCACACUGACUUGGAUGUAGAUAUCCUAUGGAACUGCACAGUGACUUUGAUUCACAUCUUUUUCAUACCACUUAGCUACUAAAUUUGUCAUAAAUUAUAAAAGUCAGCUA